GGUAAAAAGCCAGACGCUAUCAUGACUGAUGCGCUAAAUGAGUUAUUGCAGGCGACGGAAAAUAAUCGCGAGCUGCAGCAAAUGUUAACAACAUACAACCAAGUGGAGGAGUUAAAUCCCGUAACAGUUUUGGAAUUGUUUAAAACUAUACCCAAAAGCGAUAUACCAUUGCUCGGCAUGACUUCAGAUAACGCCAGCCCAGCAAAUCUAAUUGUAACACGCGUUUUUGUACCGCCUGUAUGCAUUCGACCUUCGGUGCUGUCCGAAGUUAAGGCGGGAACCACUGAAGAUGAUUUAACAAUGAAACAAAGUGAAAUCUUGCUCAUCAACGAUGUCAUACAAAAGCAUAUGACUGGUGGUGGCAAGAUCGAGCUCAUCCAGGAAGAUUGGGACUUUUUACAAUUGCACGUAGCACUGUAUUUUCACAGCGAAAUCUCUGGUAUACCGCUUAAUAUGGCGCCAAAGAAAACGACACGCGGUAUUGUGCAACGUUUGAAAGGCAAACAGGGUCGCUUUCGUGGCAAUCUGUCAGGCAAACGUGUGGACUUCUCUGGACGAACUGUUAUCUCACCCGAUCCUAACUUAAUGAUACACCAAGUGGGCGUACCAGAACGCGUUGCCAAGAUACUUACCUAUCCAGAGCGUGUCAACCCCGCAAAUAUACAAAAAAUGAAAGAACUGGUCAAAAAUGGUACACAAAAGCAUCCAGGCGCAAAUUACGUGCAGCAGCGUGGUUCAACAUUCAAAAAAUAUCUGGCCUAUGGUAAUCGGGAUAAAGUUGCACAUGAUCUAAAAUGUGGCGACAUUGUUGAGCGUCAUUUAAGCGAUGGCGAUAUAGUACUCUUCAAUCGUCAACCUUCACUACAUAAAAUGUCCAUUAUGUGUCACCAGGCUAAGGUGCAACCGCAGCGCACAUUCCGCUUCAACGAAUGCGCAUGCACUCCUUACAAUGCUGAUUUUGAUGGUGAUGAAAUGAAUUUGCACUUACCACAAACAGAGGAGGCACGUGCCGAGGCUUUAAUACUCAUGGGCAACAAAUCUAAUUUGAUAACACCGAAAAAUGGCGAAAUACUUAUAGCAGCCACACAAGAUUUCAUUACAGGCGGCUACUUGCUAACACAAAAAGAUGAAUUUCUCACCAAGGAGCAGGCAAUGCAACUGGCAGCUUGUUUUCUAGCUGGACCCGAUGCUAAUAUGCGCAUAGAUAUGCCACCUCCAGCAAUAUUAAAGCCGCGCAAACUCUGGACAGGCAAACAAAUAUUCAGCCUACUGCUGCGUCCGAACAAGCAAUGCCCAGUGAAGACAAAUUUAAUAACAAAAGGUCGCAACUACACUAGUAACUAUGACUUGUGUGUUCGAGAUUCGUGGGUAAUUGUGCGGAACUCAGAGCUUAUUUGUGGUUCAAUGGACAAAAGUACGCUGGGUUCUGGAACGAAAAAUUGCAUAUUCUACGUUAUAUUGCGUGAUUUUGGGGAACUCUACGCCACCAAAUGCAUGUGGCGUUUAGCGAGGAUCGCUUCAUUUUUCAUACAAAAUCGUGGCUUCUCUUUUGGAAUCAGCGAUGUUACACCUAGCAAUAAACUGCUUGAGGAAAAACAAAAAUUGUUGGAAAGAGGCUACGCCAAAUGCGAUGAAUACAUUUUAGAGAUGAAAAAGGGUACAUUACAAUGUCAGCCCGGUUGUACGCCAGAACAAACGCUCGAAGCAGUAAUGUUGCGUGAACUCUCCUCAAUUCGCGAACAGGCAGCUAAAGCUUGCUUCCGUGAACUACAUCCCACAAACAGUGCACUUAUUAUGGCACUAUCCGGUUCGAAAGGUUCCAACAUCAAUAUUUCACAGAUGAUUGCCUGUGUCGGGCAGCAGGCCAUAAACGGCAAGCGUGUGCCAAAUGGAUUUGAAAAUCGUGCGCUGCCACAUUUCGAGAAGUUCUCGGCUAUACCGGCGGCGCGUGGUUUUGUGCAAAAUAGUUUUUACUCUGGUCUUACGCCUACGGAAUUCUUCUUCCACACGAUGGCUGGUCGUGAAGGUUUGGUCGAUACAGCUGUAAAAACGGCGGAAACUGGUUAUCUCCAGCGUCGUUUGGUGAAGUGUCUGGAAGAUCUGGUAGUGCAUUACGAUGGCUCCGUACGCAACGCAAUUGGUGAAAUAGUCGAGCUUAUUUACGGUGGUGACGGUUUAGAUCCGGUUUUCAUGGAAGUCAAAAACAAGCCAGUGGAUAUGGUGCGUCAAUUAAAUCAUUUGCGCGCCAUUGUACCGGAUCGCAAGGGUACACCACUACCUGCAUCUGAAAUUCCGCCUGUAGCACGUAAAAUUAUUUCAGAAGACGAAUUCACCAUGAGCCGAAAAGAUUUUCAAAACGAAAUUAUCUCCUUCAUUGAUAAGGUGGCUCAAAAGAUCGCUGGCGUACAAGCAAAGUACAGACGACAUCCGAAAUUGGCACAUGAAAUUGAACGUCUCACCGAAGAACAAAUUCGUACUUUCAUGCGUUGGGUAAACGACAAAUACAAUCGCGCUGUCACUGAGCCUGGCACUGCUGUAGGGGCUGUAGCGGCGCAAAGUAUCGGUGAGCCGGGCACACAAAUGACAUUGAAGACGUUCCAUUUUGCUGGUGUCGCCUCCAUGAACAUUACACAGGGUGUACCGCGUAUCGUUGAGAUUAUAAACGCUACCAAAACCAUUUCAACGCCAAUUAUAACAGCGGAAAUUGAGAAUAACAUUAGCAUGGAAUUUGCGCGUAAAGUAAAGUCGCGUAUUGAGAAGACCACGUUAGGGGAGAUUUCAUCGUACAUUGAGGAAGUUUACAGGUCAGAUGACUGCUUCUUAGUCAUACGUUUAGACUUGAAUCGUAUUAAAGUAUUAGGCUUAGAGAUUAACGCCGAAACUGUACGUUAUUCGAUUUGCACCUCCAAACUACGAAUCAAGCCAGCGCUAGUGGAUGUUGUCGGCGCGUCAGUGAUCACAGUACAUAUUGAUACCUCAAAACAUGGUGCCUCACUCAAUGCUGAGCUACAACGUCUAACCAUUUCCAUACAAAAUGUUGUCGUAGCUGGUUUGCCGAACAUCUCACGCGCUGUCAUUGCUAUAGACGACGCACACUCACCGCCAACCUAUAAGUUAUGCAUUGAAGGCGCUGGUUUGCGUGAUGUUAUGGCCACAUUCGGCGUUGUGGGCGCACGCACCAAAAGUAACAACAUCUGGGAAGUGUAUAAUACUUUGGGUAUUGAAGCAGCACGUACCACUAUUAUGACUGAAAUCACAGAUGUAAUGGAGGGCCACGGCAUGACUGUGGAUCAUCGUCAUGUAAUGUUGCUGGCAAGCCAGAUGACGUCACGUGGUGAAGUUUUGGGUAUAACUCGGCAUGGUUUGGCGAAGAUGCGAGAGUCUGUAUUCAAUUUAGCAUCGUUCGAAAAAACCGCCGAUCACCUAUUCGAUGCCGCGUACUUUGGCCAAACCGAUGCUGUUGAUGGCGUCUCCGAGCGUAUUAUCCUAGGCAUGCCCGCCUCAAUCGGUACCGGACUCUUUAAGCUUAUACACAAUCACGAGGACACCGCGUUGCCGGAAGUGGAUCCGCCAUUAUUUCAUGCUGUAACAGCGUGACCAUUUAGUUUAAUGCCUAUACUCGGGUGAUAUUUAUGUAGGUAACUCAUUGCAAAAAAUACCGGUGCUGCUGCGUUCUGCACGAAAUAAAUUGGGACUCCUAUCUUAA